AGUUAUUUAUUUUCGACUCCUGCUUCUUCUUCAACCUCUUGACUUUUCAAAAAUCUCUCAGAGAUGUUAAAGCUUCGAAUUCCCAAUUCUCCGCCCAACAUGUCCUGUUUGUACAGUUAUAACUCCAUACCCACUUUCUCUGUUCUCUCUUUUCCUUCAUGUUCAAGAUCCAGAUUCACUUCCAAGCCCCGAAUCCACUGUACCCUCGGAGGGACUGUGGCAGAACCCAAAGUUACUUCUGUCGCAGAGCCACUAUUGCUUAACGCUGUUCGUGGGGAAGAUGUGGAAAGGCCCCCAGUUUGGCUAAUGAGGCAAGCUGGGAGGUACAUGAAGAGUUAUCAAACUCUCUGCGAGAAGCAUCCGUCAUUUCGGGAAAGAUCAGAGAAUGUGGAUCUUGUUGUGGAAAUUUCAUUACAGCCUUGGAAGGUUUUCAAACCUGACGGGGUUAUUUUGUUCUCAGACAUUUUAACCCCUCUUUCUGGGAUGAACAUACCAUUUGACAUUGUGAAGGGUAAGGGUCCUAUCAUAUUCGAUCCUCUACGCACAGCUGAUGAUGUUGAUCAAGUAAGAGAGUUUGUUCCAGAAGAUUCAGUUCCAUAUGUUGGAGAAGCACUAACAAUUUUGCGGAAAGAGGUAGAUAAUAAGGCUGCAGUGCUUGGUUUUGUUGGAGCUCCCUUUACGUUGGCAUCAUACGUAGUUGAAGGAGGUUCAUCAAAGCAUUUCACAAAAAUUAAGAGAUUAGCGUUCUCUCAGCCCAAGGUACUUCAUGCAUUACUUCAGAAAUUUGCUUCUUCCAUGGCAAAAUAUGUUCAAUAUCAAGCUGAUAAUGGAGCUCAAGCUGUUCAGAUCUUUGAUUCAUGGGCCACAGAACUAAGCCCUGUAGAUUUUGAGGAAUUCAGUCUUCCAUAUUUGAAGCAGAUUGUAGACACUGUGAAACAAACACAUCCAAACCUCCCCCUAAUCCUUUAUGCAAGUGGAUCUGGGGGGUUGCUUGAGAGAUUGGCUUUGACUGGUGUUGAUGUCGUUAGCUUGGAUUGGACGGUUGAUAUGGCUGAAGGUAGAAAGCGAUUAGGGCCAAAUAUAGCUGUACAGGGUAAUAUAGAUCCUGGUGUUCUUUUUGGUUCCAAGGAAUUCAUCACUGGCCGAAUAAAUGAUACCGUGAAGAAAGCUGGUAGAGGGAAACAUAUUUUGAAUCUUGGCCAUGGAAUUGUAGUAGGUACACCUGAGGAGAAUGUAGCUCAUUUCUUUGAGGUUGCUAAGGACCUCAGAUACUGAAAAAACAUAUCCAAGAUUAAUUCAGUUUCUGCUUAGUUUCUUUACAACUUCUAGUUCAGUUUUCAACUCUUAAUUCAUGUUUGGUUCUUUACCUUAUUGCGAAAAAGAGAUGGACUAUAAUUGGGCCUUAUAAUUUGAGGUUUCUAGGCGACGGUCAUUUUUUAACAGGCGAGUAAAAGCCCUUGUUUGCAGGUUCACUGCAGGUGUAAUUAAUCAUCGAAAACUUAAUAAGCUAUUGAUUACAGUUCCA